UGUUCAUCACCAUCUGCUCACCAUCAUCUGUUCAUCACCAUCUGUUCAUCAUCUGCUCCGGAGCACCACCGCUGCCGCCGCGACUGUAGCCGGCACACGCUCAUCGCAACGGACCAUCCCAAGACUCACCAGCUCCAACCCGUCGCAUCCUGGCUCAACCCAUCAAUCCCGUCUGCCCAGCGAUCAGCCUGCCGUAGAGGAACCGUCCAGACGCUCUACUGGACACCAUGGGCGCCGCACACCCGGUCCUGCUUCUGUUUUACCUCAUCAUUGACUGGCUUGGCCCCGUCGAGUGGACCAAACUCUGCUCGCUCUCGCGGCGCCACCGAGCAUUGCUGGACGACCCGCUCUUCUGGAAGAUCCUCUUCCGCAACCAUCUGUCUCUUGCACCAAGUCUGCUCCUGGACGGCCACCGAGACAUCUGCAUUGCCGUCGACGCCUUCCUGUUCCGCCGACGCGCUCAGCCGCACGACUGUGAGCAACCUCUCUGGCAGUCCAUCCACCAGCACCCCGAGCUCUCGGAUGCCCUUCGACGACUCUGCCAGCAUCACGCUCGUGGGCUCUUUCGCCGAUGGACCCGGGCACGACAAUAUGCCCACGUUACCGGAGUGCCCGUCUGGAACUGGUCGCUUGAAGAGACGCUGCCGGACUCGAUCGGAACGGCUGCCCUGGAGGACAGCAAGCUCAACCGCCUCGCAAGGCGGUGUCGGAUCCUGCCUCAAACCGCCUGUUUCUGGCGGCCCGAAGAGCUUGAUAUCGAGGCCAGUGAGCUCGCGGAGCUGCCGGCGGCGAUGGGGUGCUGGGCCGGCUCCCUGAGGACUCUCAGGAUUGCGUCGUCUCGGCUGGCGGCCCUGCCCAGCUCGUUCUUUGCCGCAUUCAAUCGCACACCGCACUCUUCCUACGGCUCGGCGGCCUCAGCUGAAGCACGCAAUCCGAGAACAGCCAUCGACACCCCCUUGUCGGUCGGGACCGCCACAUCGUCCGCAACUCCCGCAUCAACAACAGCCGACCCAUCGAGUCGACUGUUGCCUCCCAAUGCAGCCAUGCUGUCCAAGUCGAAUCCAGGCGCCAACUGCCACGCCUCCAACAUGCCCCCUGGUUGUCCCCUGCAAGUCCUUGUGCUGUCGUGCUGCUCCUCUCUCAACAACAUCGCUGCCUUGGACGGCCUCGCUCGCCUGCAAGUCAUCGACCUGUCUCGCUGCAUCUCCAUGACGCACUGCGGUCCGCUGAAGAACCUCGAGCAGCUCCGCUCCUUGUCGCUGGUGGAGUGCAUCUCGCUCACCAGCCUGUCGCUCAGCAAUCUUCCGCGGCUCCAAACCUUAAACAUGCGUGGCUGCCGCGCACUAGAGUCAGUCGACUCGCUCGAUGGCCUCGUCUCUCUCACCGACCUCGACUGCUCCGGAUGCGGCGUAUUGCGGACAGUGGGCUCCCUCAGCGCCCUUGAAGCACUCGUCCAAGUCGACUUUUCGGAUUGCCGAUCGCUGCUGUGGGUUGGUGGCCUCGACCGACUGGUUCGGCUGGCAGCCUUGAGGCUCGGCGGCUGCGCCCGACUGCCCUUCAUCGGGUCCCUCGAGCGCAUGACCAACAUGACCCACCUGAAUCUCUCGGGGUGUGUGUCGCUGGAGGCAGUGGGCCCGCUGGACGGUCUCCUGCAACUCCGGCGGCUCGAGGCUCGCGGAUGCACAACGCUUGGAUCGCUGGGGUCGCUCGCGCAGCUGUCGCUCCUGAAGAAGCUCGAUCUCGCCGGCUGCACAAGCCUGCGCUCCAUCGACUGUCUGGGCGACUUGCCGUGUCUGCGGGAACUGGACAUGUCUGGAUGCAAAUCUCUCAGGUCACUGCGACUGCCACGGCUUCCUCUCGCUGUCGAGGAGCUUGUUAUGACUGGCUGUGAGUCGCUGUCCGAUAUUCGGACGAUCAAUCGCCAGCUGCCGCGGCUCGAACGCCUCGAUCUUUCCGGAUGCUGGUCCCUCGAGUCGAUCGGCACUCUCGAGGGCUUGGAUCGGCUGCAGAGCUUGGAUCUGUCGGGGUGCUGGCGCCUCAAGCACAUUGGAUCGCUCGAGUCGUCGACGCGACUGACCAGCAUCAACUGCCACGGAUGCGCCUUGCUGCAAGGACUCGGGCCGCUCCCUGCACUGGCAACGCUCGAGAUGCUGGAUCUGUGGGGCUGCAGAUCUUUGUCCUGGGCAGAAUCCGAGGUGCCGACCCAGCCAAUGGCAAGACGGUUUAGGAUGACUAGAGCAAGCACCGCCACAUCGCAUGGGGCCUGCCUGGAGACACUCGCACUCGGCCGAUCCGAUGAUGUUGCUGGCGACAACACACACGGGCUGCAGAUGGACGAAUUAGCCAUGGAUACGCACAGUCUAUGGGCAACAGCAAAUCCCCAGGAUAUUGCACAAUCAGCUCCGCACUGCGACUUCCCUAGGCCCGGGUUACCCUCGUCAGCAAAGGAAACGUUGUCGCCGCAACUCUUCCAGCCAUGUCAUCUCCCAGCAGUCGAUGCACUGGCUGCUUCGCUUGGCAGCCUGCGCAAGCUGGAUCUGACCGACUGUCGCUAUGCUGUCCGUCUUGACUCCAUCCUCGCCCUCUCCGAGCUUGAGGAGCUGGCGGUGUCGUUCUGCCCUGGCCUCCGCUCGCUCGAGCCGUUUGCCCGGCUUGCACGGAUCAAAUAUCUGUCCGUCACCAAGUGUGAUUCUCUCGACUCGCUCCGUGGUCUCCGACAGUUGACAGCCCUCGAAUCACUUGUUGCAAGACAGAAUGCUCAAUUGCGUCUGCCACACGACAGCCAUCUGCUUGGGCCCCCAAUGCUCCGGUGCCUAGACCUGGGCCAAUGUGGGCAGCUGACGACCACAGCGUCGCUUGCGAGGCUGUUUGCACUGGAGAUCUUGGACCUGUCUGGUUGCCAGGCUCUCGACACACUUGCCGGGCUUGAAGAGCUGCCGGGCUUGCGAGUGCUGGAUAUCUCGCGGUGCCCUUCGCUCACAUCGACCAGUUCGCUCGCUGGGAUCGCGAGCAUCGAAGUUCUGUCGAUGGCACGGAGCUCUGCCGCGGCACUCUCUUCUGCGCGACUGCUUGCUGCCCAGCUGUCGCAGCUCUCGGUCCUGGACCUCAGCCCAACAGACCUGCGCCUCGAUCUGGACUUGGAGACCCAAGAACUGAUGCAGAUUCGAGCGCAGCGCAACUUGCCGGCCAUGAGCGUGAGUUGGCUGCUCGAUCUGCCUCCGCGGGCGGUGGACAUGACCGAGCCGAUGGCAAAGGCGGCCAGCAAUCAGAGUCCGUCGGGGAUCUUCGCACCGACCGCGGAUCGAGGACAGGCCCUGGGCAGCUGUGCAAGCUGAAACUCAUCAAACACGAUAUCGGCCCAAGCGGCGCCUAAUAAGACCUGUGAAUACACUGAUCCAUUCUCAUAACGAAC